AUGCUCCAUCAGAAAGUCUUUCUCGGCUUUCUCGGAGCCCUUUUGGCUAGCUUCACGACGACUGCCAGCACUGCCGUCCCUCGGGAUAGCCGCAAACUCGCUAGCCAAGCCAUUGUGAAUGCAGAGGCGUCCUCUCAUGAGGUGCUGGACCGCUUCGAGCACGGCUUCUGGCCCGGACUGAUGAAGCGCGAAACUAAUUGCUCGCUUGUCUCGGCGCAACGUCAACCGACGCAUCCCCUUCAGCACCAGGCGCCCCAUCGUGUGCACGCGGCUCACCGUCAACACGAGCCGUCCCCGCCGCUGCCUGACUAUAUCCCGCUUCACGACUCCUCCAAGGACUCUUCUUCGGAUGAUUCAUUUGUCGAUAUCGAGACCCCCGUCGGCGAUCGCUAUUUCUUGACAGCCCUUCGUACUCUCGGCUCUAACCACGUCCCCAGCGCCGGAUCCUCUUCCACCUCUGGCCAUGCCUCCAUCGCCUACUCUUCUUCCGCCUCUGGCCAUGCAUUCGGCACUCAUAGCUCUUCCAAUUCUGAAGACGCCUCCGACGCUGACUCCUCUUCCAACUCUAAAGACGCCUCCGAUGUCCAUUCCUCUUCAGGCUCCAACUUCUCUUCGAGCUCCGCUUCUUAGCAAUUGCCUCUUAUUUCCACGUCGCCAGCCCAUUUGAAACUUCAUUAUGAACACAAGGGC